GGCUCGGGGAAAUCGUCAGUCAUCUCGGCAUUGCUGGGCGAUAUGGUCAAGUCUGCUGGCUCGGUGACUGUACGCGGAUCGGUUGCCCUUGUACCUCAGCAACCGUGGAUCCUCAACGCUACGCUCAGAGAAAACAUCCUAUUUGGCAACAAGCUCGAGCAGGAGUUUUAUGACAGGGUCAUCGAUGCAUGCGCGCUUCGCGCCGACCUCGAGGUGCUUGCUGGCGGAGAUAUGACCGAGAUUGGCGAGAAGGGCAUCAAUCUGUCGGGUGGCCAGAAGGCUCGUGUGUCUCUAGCCCGCGCUGUCUACGCCCGCGCCGAUGUGUAUCUGCUGGACGAUCCGCUAUCUGCUGUCGAUGCCCAUGUCGGCAAGCACAUCUUUAACCAUAUUCUAGGCCCGAAUGGUCUGCUGAAAACUCGCACUCGCAUUUUCGUUACCAACGCCCUUCAGUAUCUGGAUGCUGCGAGCCAGAUCGUGAUGUUGCACGACGGCAAAGUGGUCGAGCAGGGGGCAUUUGCUCAUUUAGCGGUGUCAAAAGGUGAGGCGUUCGAGUUCAUGGAAGGUGUUGCUACCGAGACCACCAGCACAGCUUCGCUAGACGAGGCGGAUAGCUGCGAAACUGGCGCUGCUUCUCAGCUUGAUUCGGAACCUUCGCUGGCUGAUGCCCAGGAGCCGAUCCGUAGACGCACCCUGGGCUGUGCUAGCGUUAGCUCAGAAGUGCACGAUGCCACCGUGCAGACUCACAGCACCACAGAGCAUGCGAUUAUCAAGGGCGAGCAGCAGCAUGUUGGCUCAGUUGGAUUCGGAGCAAUAAUGUACUACAUCCGUGCCUGCGGCACACGCAGUAUCAUCAUGCUGGUGGCCACAUCGAUCAUUGCUCUUCUCUUCUCAGUCGGCAGCAGCCUGUGGCUCGCACGCUGGACCAGGCUCAACGAGGGUGGAGACGGCGACUCUGCUAACCAGGCUCUCUACUAUCUGACUGUCUACAGUGUGCUGGGCAUGGCUAGCGCUCUGUCGAUGAUUGGUGUGUGGAUGCUGCUGUGGCUCGUAUGUGCAGUCAACGGAGCCAGAAACACGCAUGCGCAGAUGCUGCAGAGUGUGCUGCACGCGCCCAUGUCGUUCUUCGACUCAACACCCAUGGGCCGCAUCCUGGGCUUAUUCAGUAGCGACCAGUCGCAGAUCGACGAGAACAUCCCGAAAUUCUUUGGAUGGUGGCUCAACAACAUCUUGCGAACUGCUAUUGCGCUGGCCCUGAUUGUUGUCGCUGUGCCCUUGUCGCUGGUGUUUAUCCUGCCUGUUGCCUACAUUUUCAUCUGGAUCCAGAGACUGUACAUGCCAACGUCACGCGAGCUUCGUCGUAUCCAGAACACAGCGCGCAACUCCAUGAUUACCAGCACGGAGGAGGCAGUGCAGGGCGCUGCUACGAUCCGGGCAUAUGGCCGCAAGGCGUCGUUCGAGCAGGGAUGUGCAGCACGCUCUGAGGCGUUUACCACGACUCUUUGGACGUUUUUGUUUGCCAAUCGCUGGCUGGCAUGCCGCCUGGACCUGGUUGCUGCGCUCAUUAUCCUUGCGACUACGCUCUUGCUCGUGCUGACUUUGUAUUUCGUCGGGUCGCUGGACAGCGGGUAUGCUAGUCUGUCGUUGACAUAUGCGAUAUCGAUGGUUGGUGUUCUAAACUCUUGUGUGAGGGCCACUGCUGCACUCGAAAUCACAAUGGUAUCAGCCGAGCGUGCUAUGGACUACUCGCGCUUGGAGAGCGAGGCACCAGAGGUAAUUGAAGACUGCCGUCCGCUAGAGACUUGGCCCGAGCAGGGCGUCGUAGAGUUCCGCAACUACUCGACGCGCUACCGCGAAGGUCUGGAUCUGGUGCUCAAGGAUCUGUCGUUCCGCGUCGUGCCUAACCAGAAGGUCGGCAUCGUUGGACGCACUGGCGCUGGCAAGUCGUCGCUGACUCUGGCGCUGUUCCGUAUCAUCGAGGCAUCGUCUGGUCAGAUUUUAUUGGACGGCGAGGAUGUUUCCAAGUUCGGUCUCUUUGAUGUUCGCAGUCGACUGUCGAUCAUCCCCCAGGAUCCGGUGCUGUUUGCCGGCACGAUCCGCGAGAACCUGGAUCCGUUCAGCAAAUACUCCGACGAGGAGAUCUGGUGUGCACUGGACAACGCGCACCUGGGCGACUUUAUCCGCUCCAAGGACCAGCGUCUGGAGUUUGCUGUUGCCCAGAGCGGCGAGAACUUCAGCGUUGGCCAGCGCCAGCUGAUCUGCCUGGCCCGUGCGCUGCUCAAGCGCGCCAAGAUCCUGGUGCUCGAUGAAGCCACCGCCGCUAUUGACAACGCCACCGAUGCAGUCAUCCAAGAGACGAUUCGCAGCGAGUUCAAGGAGUGCACAGUCCUUACCAUCGCCCACCGUCUCAACACUGUUCUUGAUAGCGACAUGAUCCUGGUCAUGGACGGCGGCCGGCUGGCAGAGUACGACAGCCCGCAGAAUCUGCUUGCAAACGAGGACAGCCUGUUCACCAAGCUUGUGCAGGAAACGCAAAACAGUGGUCGCUCAUAAAGUAUUCAUUUCACGUUUUUUUUUUUUCUAAGAGGAUUG